AUGAUUGGGGAGUUGAGGAUCGUACCCUACCUAAAUCAUAGGAAGGUUGAAAUAGCCCGGUAUGCUGAUUGCUUCAUCGCAUUGCCUGGAGGAUGUGAAGCCAUGGAUGUUUUAUUCGAAGCCCUAAGUUGGGCACAAUUAGGCAUUCAUGACAAGCCUAUAGGUCUGUUGAAUGUUGAUGGCUACUUCGAUAACUUCCUUGCAUUCAUUGACAACACCAUCGGGUAUGAUUUCCUCAAAUCAUCCCAGAGGGCCUUAAUUAUCCAAGGAUCGAGCGCAAAUAAGAUCUUUAUGAAGCUUGAAGUGUAUAGGAUGAUGCGUGAAGGUGGCUUCCCCAAGAGUUUGUGGGAAGCUGGAGGGCCAUUUUCACAUCAAAAGGAUCUUUCGUAG